AUGGCGGGCCCCGUCGUUCUCAUUACCGGCUGUACCGAAGGCGGCAUCGGGCAUGCGCUCUGUUGUUACCUGCAUGGCCGCGGUUGCCGUGUCUUUGCAACCGCACGGCGUCCCGAGGCUGCAGCAGGGUUGGAGGAGCGCGGCAUCCCUGUUCUCAAGCUGGAUGUGCAGCGGCCAGAGUCGUGCCAGCAGGCGGUGGAGGAUGUGAUAGAGGCGGCUGGGCGGCUAGACAUUCUCGUGAACAAUGCGGGGGUCGUCACGCUCGGCCCCACCUGUGAGGUGCCAAUAGACACUGCCCGCACCAUCUUCGACACCAACGUGUUUGGGCUGCUGCAGAUGUGCCAGGCUGUGCACCGCCAGAUGGUGGCCCAGGGCUCCGGCAAGAUUGUCAACAUCGGGUCGCUUACGGGGCUGCAGCCCGUCCCGCUCAGGGGCGUCUACAGCGCCACCAAGGCCGCGGUGCAGCGCCUGAGCGGCGCCCUGAGGAUAGAGCUGGGGCCGUUUGGUGUGCAGGUCAUGCUGGUGUCGCCCGGGUUCAUCGAUACAAAGGCGCGGGAGACAGCAAAGUCCAACGCCGCGUUGACGACGGGUGGGCUGUGGGGCGGCUGGCUGGCCGUGCUGGAGCGGGUCAUGGCCAAGCGGCUGUCAAAGGCGGUGCCCGUUGACACGUAUGCGGCCCAGCUGGGCUCAGUCAUCCUCCAGAAGCACCUGCCGCGCCACUGGUGA